CUCUGAUUUAGUGUGAAACUAACUUAAAAUGUCAUAAUUUAUCACCUCAAAAUUUUUAAUAUAAUAUUAUAUUUCAAACUUCUAAAAACUUGUCCACAAUGGCCCUACAGGCAACCAAAGAACUUAGCAAAUGUGUCUUAAAAAACAAAAAAAUUUGGAAUUCAAGGAACAUUUUACGCACAUAUACAAAGAGUAUCGAUGGCCCUCCCAAACAAAAAGUCACUGAUAUGCCUCCAAUGAGUGAGCCUGUUAAGGGUCUUCCAAAACCUGUUUAUGCUACCUUUAAAGAGGACGAUCAAACAACAAAAGUAACCGUGUUGGAAAACGGUUUAACUGUUGCAUCAGAAAACAGAUUUGGAGAAUUUUGUACAGUAGGAGUAAUAAUCGACUCUGGAUCAAGAUAUGAAGUUGCAUAUCCAAGUGGAAUUUCACACUUUCUUGAAAAGUUGGCUUUUAAUUCAACAUUACAGUAUCCUGAUAGGAAUGAAAUGUUAAAUAAACUGGAAAAACAUGGUGGAAUUUGUGAUAGUCAAGCUUCUAGGGAUACUUUCAUCCAUGCAGCCUCAGCAUAUACAACUGGCUUAGAUGAUGUAAUAGAACUACUAGCAGAGGCAACAUUACGUCCUCAAAUUUCAAUUGAUGAAGUGGAUGAUGCCAGGCAAUCAAUACAUUUUGAACUGGAAACACUUAAUAUGAGGCCUGAGCAAGAAACUUUUUUAAUGGACAUGAUUCAUAUAGCAGCCUACCGUGAUAAUACUUUGGGUCUUCCCAAAAUAUGUCCCCCAAGCAAUAUUAACAAAAUACACAGGAAAACUUUAUUCACCUAUUUGCAUAAUCACUACAUACCAAAAAGAAUGGUUGUGGCUGGAGUUGGAGUGGAACAUGAAAAAUUGGUGGAUGCAGUUCAAAAAUACUUUGUGGAUAUUGAACCAAUAUGGAAAACUGAAGAUAAAUUGGUGGUGGAAAAUAAGGACUUAGAAGCAGACACUAGUGUAGCACAGUAUACAGGAGGUAUUAUUCAGGAAGAUUGUGAUAUACCACAGUUUGCUUCUGCAGGCCUUCCACUUUUGUGCCAUGUUAUGAUCGGUUUGGAGGGUUGUUCCCAUCAAGACAAGGACUUUAUACCAAUGUGUGUGCUUAAUAUGAUGAUGGGAGGGGGCGGAUCAUUCAGUGCUGGUGGACCAGGAAAGGGAAUGUACACCAGAUUGUACACAAAUGUCCUCAAUAGGUAUCAUUGGAUGUACAGUGCCACAGCCUAUAAUCACUCCUAUUCUGACACUGGUUUGUUCUGUAUUCAUGCAAGUGCACCACCAACACAUAUCAGGGAUAUGGUUGAAAUUGUUGUUAAGGAAAUGGUUGCAAUGACUGGAAAUGUUACUGAUCAAGAAUUAAGGAGAGCAAAAACUCAACUCCAAUCAAUGUUACUAAUGAAUCUUGAGUCAAGGCCAGUAAUGUUUGAAGACAUUGGUAGACAGGUUUUGGCGACUGGCCACCGAAAAAGACCGCAAUUCUUUAUAAACGAGAUUGAAAAGGUCACCAAAGAAGACGUAAUGGAAGUGGCAAAAAGGUUGCUUAGCUCACAACCGUCUGUAGCUGCUAGGGGAGACCUUAGAAAAAUGCCAAGUUUGGAAUACAUUCAAGCUGGCCUUUUAGACGCGGAGGGAAAAUUACCAGGAGGGAAGAAAUUAUCGCUAUUUCGUUAGAUGAAUGCAAAAUGAUCCAAAUUGUUUUUAAAAAAAUUGUAUUAUUUAUUUUUUUAAAUAAAACAAUCUUGGGUUCUCUGUAAUUUAUUUAAAUAAAUUAUGUCUGUUUCGAUAAUUGACAUUGUGUAGGGAUGUUAUUAUUUUCUACAUUAAUGACAUUGCUAAUGAACUGACAUUUGUUGUUACUAUUGUAUAUAUUUUUUUUAAAUAAAACUAAUUUUUAGUACACCAUGUGUUUUAAAU